UGGAUGCCGGAAGUGAAUCCGGAGCGGUGCAACUGCCCUGGGUAGCCAUGGCAACUGCAGAGCCGCGCGCCUGGUUGCCUGGGCCCGGCGUUCGCGCUGAGGCCCCGCACCGGAGCGGGGUGUAAGCAGACUCCGCUCCGGGGAUGGCCAUGGCUGCGCCUGCAAUACGGAUCGGCGACCAACUCAUUCUGGAAGAGGACUACGAUGAAACCUACAUCCCCAGCGAGCAAGAAAUCAAUGAGUUUGCUCGAGUGAUUGGGAUCGACCCGGAGGUUGAGCCAGAGCUGAUGUGGCUGGCCCGAGAAGGCAUUGUGGCCCCUUUGCCUGCUGAAUGGAAACCUUGCCAAGAUAUCACAGGGGACAUCUAUUACUUCAACUUUGCCAAUGGUCAGUCAACGUGGGAACAUCCAUGUGAUGAGCGCUACCGACAGCUUGUUGUCCAGGAGAGGGAGAAGCUCCUGGAUCAGGGAGGUCUCAAGAAGAAAGAGAAGAAGAAGAAAAAGGAGAAGAAAGAGAAAAAAGAGAAAAAAGAGAAAGACCUGCUGAAACAUCCAGUUGAGACGCAGUCAGAGCCGGGGAUUCUUCCUUCAACAUCCUUUUAUAGAGUGUCAUCCCCUGUCCUGUCAUCAGGCCACGCAAGUCCUGAGCUGGAGCACCAGGGCAGCUUCAUGACAAGGAAUGAACUCUUCCUGAAGAACCGCAAAGGAAAGGCUUCAGGGAUGUCUCCUGAUCCAAGUGACCCACCCCGGCUGCACUCGGGUCCUAUCCCUAGUAAGCUGCAACCUAUUCUGCCAGCCAAGUCAACCCCACGGACUCGCCAGAUCCUGGCAGACGUGGAGAAGAUUCUUGGAAGAGCUUCAUCUUCUAGCAAACCAAACCAGUCAUGCCAAGAUGUGACAGCAGAAAUCAGAAGUACAGCUGCUUGUGUUUUUUCAGAUUCAGAACCUGAUUUAGAUGGCUCCAAGAUUGCUGUGCCACUUUUCCAAGCGCUGAAGGAACCUACUGAUGAUAGGACUGUGCUAGCCCUGGAAACACCGAAGUCUCCAGGACCUAUACUAGCCCCUGUCCAGUCUCCCCUGGGGAGCCUUGCUCCAUUACGUGGGUUUGUGGAUGCUCCAGUCAGUGCACCCUGCAACUUACAAAAUACAAAUGGGAGAAGUGCCGUGGAACCGAAGGCACCAGCACAUACUAUCACAAUGCUUGGCAGUUGCAAGAAAAGUCUGUUUCAAUCUGUGGACGAAGAAGAGGAAGCAUCCUUAAACCAGCUGACUCCUAAUGGGGCAGAAAAGGAAGAUUGCAGCAAUGAGAGUCCUCGUGGGACAGGUGGGCUUCUCAAGAACCUGCAUAUGGAUGUUAGUGCCCUUGGUGCCAGCUUUGACAAUGAGGUUUCUGAAGGCAGCAAUGCAAUGAAGGAAUGGCAGGUUUCUGACCACUUGGACCCUGAGCCGCAUAGCACUGUGAGCCCAAGCUUGGAAAACAUCAUGGAUGUGUUGCCUCCAGUCCCGGGAACUCCAAAGUUUGCAGUGAGCAGAGCCAUGGUUGAAAGCACUUGGAAGGAACAGACUAAUGACUGGUCAGGACAGGAGAAGGACCAAAGCAAAGGCAGCCUAGCAGAGGAGAAAAGCCAAGGAUCAGCUAAGAGGGAGAGGUGCAAAAGCUGCCCGAGUGGUUCUGAAGCGUCUGAAAAGAAGGCAGCCUUGGUAGGUUCUGGCGCCUUAGAAACGAAGAUGAGAAUUGAGCACCGGCUGGUGAACCUGAAUGAGCGAGACCCAUCCUGCAAAGAGAAUUUUGAGGCUGAGGGUAAGCAAAUGCCCUGGGAAAAGCAUGCUGGGGAUUCCCUUGAGGAAAUAACCAAAGCGCAUCACACUUUGCUGGAACAAGCAAAAAUACAUUUGCUGCAAGAAAAACAGACUCGAAUCCAGCAGCUGCAGGAAGAACUACAGCAAGAAGAGGAGCAAGAGAUCCAGAUGCUCCAUCAGCAGAAAAAGGAUGCUCUCCAAUCAUUAAAAGCUGAGUUGGAGGCUGCUAGGCAGAAGGAGGAGGAGCGCUUGAGGAAGGAGCUGGAAGACGAACUUCUGAAACUCCAAACCCAGAUCCAUUCUGAAGCAGAGGCAGAGAAGGCGAGAAUCAGGCUGGCCCAGGAGGCUGCUCUGCAGAAGCUCAGAGAGGAACUGGAAUCCUUUCAGAAGUCUGAAGAGGAUGAACUGAAGGUGCAGAAGCAGCUUUCUCUGGAAAGGGUGAAAAAGGAAGCAGAAGCUGUUGAGCAGGCAGAACAAAUGGAACUGGAGCAGGAGAUCAAAAGAACCUUCAAUGAGCUGAAGAAGAGGCUGGCCAAAGAAAAUGAAAUGGCUAUGCAGGAACUAAAGGAACAGUUUGCAGAAGAGAUUCAGCUGCAGAAAUCUGCAGCAAAAGAAGAACACGAAAAGGUUGUCUCAGCUCUCCAGAUGCAGAUAGCAGAAGCCCAUAAAAGGGAGGAGGCAGAAUUACAGAAACAAUUGGAGAGUUCAGAGCAAAAUGUUCAGCAGAAGAGGAAUCAGGUGGCCGAGUAUGAGCGAGAGCUUAGUGACCUCCUGAAGGAGAAGCGCCAGGAAGUUGAGCGCAACCAUGCGAGGCAGCUGGAAAAGAUGCAAGAGGCACACAGGGAAACCAUAGCCGAGAUCCAGGCACAAAACGAGGAUGAGGAGAGGAAGAAGAGGACUGAGCUGCUGGCAACCCUGCAAAGCGAGCAGGAGCGUUUAGAGCUGAACCAUAAAGCAGAGCUGGAUGCCUUGCAGAAAAAGCAGGCCGAACAGUUGAAGGAGUUGCACAAGAGUCAUUCGGACCAGGAGCAAAAGGUCCAGAGCAUGAAAUCAGAACUGGAGCUCCAAGCCAAGGAUAUGGAGGCAAGACUCUCCCAGCUCCAUGCCCAGGAGGAGAACCUGAGGAAGAAAAGGCAGCAGGUGCUGGAGCAAGAAAAGGAGCUGGAGCAAGAAAGAAAUGAAGCAGCUUUGGCAGCUCAGCGCCGCCUCGAGGAAUCCCAAAAAGAGCAGGAGGAUCUUGCGGAGACAACACGGCAGCUGCGUGGGGAUCUGGCGGAGCUUCAGGACCAGAAAUCAGAGCUGGAAUCCCAGGUGGAGAUGCUACAGCUACAGAGUCAGCAGCUGCAGAAGAGGGUCAGUGAACUGGAGACAGCCAUCGAGAGCAGGCAAGAGCUGCUGAAUAAGGUGGAGGUGGGAAGCAGCAAGACGUCUCCAGAGAAAAAGGAGGAAGCCCUCCGGGUUGAGGACCUGAAAGAGAGCGCCCAAGCGCCCUCCCCUGGAGAGAUGUCGACUUCAAAGGGCAAUGAAGAAAGGAGUGUCCUCCUGGAACAGGUGCAGCGCACCGUUUUUGCCGAAGGAGCUACCUUGAAGACAGCCAAGGAGUUCUUGGUGCGCAAUACUCGCUCCAUGCACAGGAGGCAAACUGCCUUGAGAGCAGCAAAGCAGCAUUGGUCUUUCGACCCGCAGAAGGCACCAGGGACCGCUCAAGACUUUGGCCGCUUCCAGCGGCUGGAUGGCGUACGCAAGAGCCUGGAAACGGAAGAGAAGACGCUAGAUGAGAUGAACUCCACCAUGCAGAAGGGGAAAGGGCUGGUGAAGCAGACCGAGGAGGUGCUGAGCCAGCUGAUGUCCUCGCUGGAAGAGCUCUCUGAUGAAGAUACACUGAAGGGAAUGGCCUGCAAGAAGGUGGUGACCUUUGAUGUCACUGACUCAGAAAACACCAGCGGUGUGAUGAACACGGAUGAACCUCUCCGCAAAGUGGCUGACAUGAAACCGGACCACCAGUUCCUUCCCUUUGAUGAGAUCCAGUACCUGGCCAACUCGCUGCAGCGCCUCACCAGUGACCUGAUGGUUGUCCUCCAGCACCUGAGUUCCUUCUGCAACCAGCCACUUCCCCUCUUCACUUCCACCCAGGGUCCCGCCUCCACAUUGCCUAGAGAUAGAGUUCCCCUUGCUACCUGUAACCCUCUGGCAGAUUCCCAUUCUGCCACACCGUCUGCACCCAACACUCUCCCCCAGUGGGUCUGGGCUGGCUCAGGUCCCAGCCCCUCUGCUCCGGCAGGCCAGUCAGUGGACGCCAUGCUGAUGGAAAAGUGGCGCAAGUAUUUCCCAGGCAGGUUCCCUUUGUCCUGUGGAAGUCCUGGACCUCUGGACGGCACGCUGGGCUACGUAUCACCUGGUGAGCAAGUCCGCCUGCUCCAGCGCCGUGGGGCGGAGAAGCCGAACAUCCAGAGCAUGAUCGAAGCCAACAAGAAAUGGCUAGAAAGCUUCAAACAGGAUUCCAGAGUCCCUCUCCUGCCAAGUCCCUCAAAGCCCUUGACCAGCAGCACUGGUUUGCUGCAGCUCAGACUGGACAAGAGCAACCGACUCGAGGUCUACAACUUCUGAACAACGGGGCGCAGUCCAGCUGAAAGGCAGUUCCCAGCAGCAAAGACUUGGGAGUUCUCCCUGCUUGACAAUACAUGGCAUUUCCCCUGUA